AUGGAAGAAAUUGGAGAUUCACCUUUAGUUGAUGAAAUGAAACUGGUUGAGAACAAAACAAUUGAAUUUGAACGAAAUUUAGAUCAAUUCAAGAAAACUUUGGACUUUGAAGAAGAUCGUUUAACAAAAUUAACAAUGAAACGUGAAAACUUACAGAAGGAGAUUGACAGCAUGUACCAAGACAUCUUAAUGGAGAAGGAAAAAUAUCGCAAAACAAUCGAAAAUGUUAUUGAGGAGCGAGAAAAAAUUGCUGAAGAAUGUCACAUUAAUUUAACUGAAAAUGUUUCAUCGUUGAGUCUGAUUGAAAAAUGUGAAUCAAAAGUUGAAGCAUCCAAGGAAAUCAACUACAACAUUGAUGUUGACAUUGAGAAGAUUCGUUGCGACUUGAUGGAAAAUUACAUCUCAGCAAAGGAAGAUUUUUUAACGACAAUGAAAAAUCAGAUUCAACAGCAGAAAAAGAAACUUUCAUUUGAUAAUCCAACAUUAUAA